GCUCUCAAGUCUUUCCGUCACCUGUCAGGAGUAGAGAACAACAUCCCUUACCACACAUUGCCAUCCGUAAGGACUGAAACCUGUAAACGCAGAGAAGGCGGGCAAUGCUCUCUGGGAGACGCUAAGAAAAAAAACUUUGCAAGUGCUCCGUUGGAAAAGGAGCGUCGUCAGUUGCGGUGUGGGACGAGCUUUAUCUAUCCUCUCUCCAUAGCAUCUUAAUAUAUUGUCGUUUGAGCGUGAAAAAGGAAAUGAAUAUCAGUCAUGUUUUCUCUUAUUUGCCCUGAGUCUGACACAGACGCUCCGUCGUUAAAAGAAACUUCUAUUCUAUUUUGAAGACGCCGUUGGAAGGUGCUGGCACUGUGGCGAAGGGGAAAGAUGUGAUUUCUAUCAUAGAGAUACCACGUUGGUGGGUACGCAGUAACUGUUGACAAAAAUGCAAAAGAAGCCAUGGCACUUCCAAUGGCUAGGAAUAGAGAUAGGCCUUCUGCUGUUAGCCACUUGUUGCCUCUCACAGGACUCAGAUGACUGGCAGUAUGAGGAAUGCAAACUCUCUAGGACUGGUCCACCUGCCACCAUUGUUGCCAUAGAUGAAAACAGCCCCAAUGGAACAAUUUUGGUUGAGAAUAUGCAAAUCCAAGGCAGAGCAGAAGACCCAGGCAGAACCAUCUCACUCUCCCUCUUAAACAAUUAUGGUAACUGGGUAAUACUGGAUCCAGUCAGUCAAAAGCUCUAUCUCAACAGCACCGGCAGGGUCCUGGACCGAGAUCCCCCAGCCUACAUUCAGUCCAUUGUGGUCCAGGUGCAGUGCACCAAUGAGCUGGUUGGAACUGUCAUUCUACAUGAGGUGCGCAUCGUGGUCAGGGACCGCAAUGACAACACGCCCCAGUUCCAACAGCCUCACUACUAUGUCGCCGUAAACGAGUUGACACCAGUUGGCACCACCAUCUUCUCCGGCUUCGGUGGGAAUAAUGGAGCUAGGGACAUUGAUGAUGGUCCAAAUGGACAGAUCGAAUACAUCAUCCAGUACAACCCAACUGACCCGACGGCCAACAGGACAUUUGAUAUCCCACUUACCCUCUCCGGCUCAGUGGUCCUGAGGGAAAGGUUGAACUAUGAGGAGAUCACCCGCUACCUGGUCAUCAUCCAGGCCAAUGAUCGUGCCCAGGAUCCUAACGAACGGCGUACUGCUACCACAACACUGACUGUAGAUGUGUUAGAUGGGGAUGACCUGGGGCCCAUGUUUCUUCCCUGCUCUCUGGUCGGCAACACACGGGACUGUAGCCCUCUCACCUAUCAGGCCCACAUCCUGGAGCUCACAGACCCAAGCAAAGUGAACCCUGUCAAUGUGACACCCACCAUUCAGGCAGUGGACCAGGACAGGAAUAUCCAACCUCCAUCUGAAAGGCCACGGAUCCUCUACUCCAUCCUUAUUGGCAACCCUGAGACAUACGCCACCUUCUUCUCUCUGAACCGAACGACUGCCGAGCUGAAGCUCCUCAAACCGCUCAACAGGGACCUGUACCACAGAUUUGACUUGGUAAUCAAGGCAGAGCAGGACAAUGGCCACCCCCUGCCUGCCUUUGCUACCCUCCACAUUGAGGUUCUGGAUGAGAACAACCAGGCACCGUAUUUCCAGGAGACCACCUACCAGGGGUUCAUCAUUGAGUCAGCGCCAGUGGGAACCACAGUGUUCACCAAUGACAGACUCACCUCCCUGCUGGGCAUCAACAUCCUGGACAACGAUGUUGAAGAAACGAAAGAUCCGAUGGUGCAGGUGUCCUUGGACAGCUACAGCACGGUCUUCUCAGUGACACCUUCAGGGAUUACUCGAUAUCUGACACUGCUGAAACCAGUGGACCGUGAAGUGCAGGACAGCUACACGUUCACAAUGGUGGCAUCAGAUGGAGUUCAGGAGAGCACUCCCGUGACCGUUCAUAUCACAGUGAUCGAUGCCAAUGACAACACUCCGACCUUCCCCAAUGCCUCCUACAGUGUCAAUGUUUACACAGACAUGCAGCCCGGGGAAACAGUAUUACGCGUGAUGGCCCUGGAUGCUGACGAGGGCCCCAACGGACUCCUGACCUACACCAUCCUGGCGGGGGAUCAAGGUCACUUCGUCAUCAAUAACCGCUCAGGAGUGAUCACGGCGGUGCCUGGCAUCUCCCUGGCCGUGGGACGCACCUAUGCCCUGACCGUGAAGGCCAUGGAUAAUGGCCCAGAGUCCCAGAGGAGGAGCUCCAUCACCUCGGUGUAUAUUGAGGUGCUGCCCCCCAACAACCAGAGCCCUCCACGCUUCCACCGCCUCCUCUACAGCCUAGAGGUCAGCGAGGCCAUGCGGACCGGAGCGUCUCUGCUCAGUAUGCAGGCAGAAGACCGUGAAGGAGAUCCCAUUACCUACAGCAUCCAGCACGGGGAUCCCCACCAACACUUUGAGCUCUCCCAAACGUCAGGGCUGUUGUUGCUGGGCAAACCACUGGACAGGGAGUCUGAGGAUUCCUACACCCUUGUUGUAACAGCCUCAGAUGGCCAUCCUGAUGGAACCUCCACAGCCACCGUGAAUAUUGUGGUCACUGAUGUCAAUGAUAAUGACCCCGUCUUUGAUUUGCCCCUGCUCCGAAACCUAACCGUUAUAGAAGAGGAGGCAAACUCGUUUGUGGGCCAAGUGAAGGCCACAGAUCCAGACGCGGGGGUUAAUGGCCAGGUGCGAUACCAACUGCUCAAGCACGCUAACCUCUUCAGGAUCAACUCCAAUGGCACCAUCUUCACAGCUGUGCCUCUAGACCGAGAGGUUGGAGAUCAGUAUGACCUUAUAGUGGAGGCGGAGGACAGAGCGGUGGAGGACCCCAGGAGGACUACGCUGUCUCUGUCGGUGACCGUGCUGGACCAAGACGAUAACAGCCCCGUCUUCUCACAGCCAUCCUAUACAGUCAAUCUGCCGGAGAACAGUCCAAAGAACACGGUCAUACUGCAGUUAACUGCCAAAGACGCUGACCUAAACUCCAACAUCACUUUUCGCAUCCGGACCCAGGAAGCCAGGCAGCUGUUUGCCGUUCACCCAGUGACUGGAGAGCUGUCAGUGCUGCAGACCCUGGACUUUGAGACGCUGCCUGCCAGGAACCAAACCCAGACCUUUGUGGUUGAAGCUCUGGACAGUGGAGGGAGCAUGCCGCCAGGCCUGGCCACUGUCACUGUGAAGAUUAUGGAUAUGAAUGACUACCCUCCAGUUUUCAGCCAGGCAGUGUACAGAGGCAUGGUGGCUCCCAAUGCAGUCAAGGGGACCGUUGUCACAGCUGUACACGCAGAGGACCUAGACCCCCCUGGCACUCCUGCCAGCCACGUGCGUUACAGACUGGAACUGGAAGAGGACCCUUACAGCACCCGCAUCUUUGACGUGGAUCAGGUGACAGGAAGUGUCAUUACUCGCGUCAACCUCAAUGAAGAGCCAAAUCUAGUGUUCAGUCUGAUCAUUGUAGCCUAUGAUGACGGGGAGCCGGUCAAAAUCAACAAGACUCUGGUGGUUGUCACUGUCCUGCAACCUUCCAUCAUACCAGUCUUCACCCAGGAUGAAUACAGGUUUCCCCCUGUGAGUGAGAAGGCAGCCGUGGGGAAGGUAGUCGGUGUCAUACUGGCUGCGGCUGUCAAUCAAACGAUUAUCUACACCAUAGUGGAGGGUAACGAGGAAGGUGUAUUCCGGCUCAACAACAGCACCGGGGUGAUCUCCACGGCCAAGCUGCUGGACUAUGAGACCAACGCCAGCUACAUCCUCAAAGUGGAGGCGGAUUCCAUGGGGGUCGUUGAGUCUAAUCUUCGAGUGCCCUCUAAGACCAACACGGCAAAGGUGUUCAUCGAUGUACAGGAUGAGAAUGACAACCCACCUGUUUUCACCAGACGCUUGUACUUGGGAGGAGUGGCAGAGGAUGCCAAGACAUUCACUUCUGUAUUGCAAGUUCAGGCCCUGGACAAGGACACAGGGAACUACAGCUCUAUGCAGUACAGGCUCAUUAUCCCCCCCACUACAGACGGCAAGGACGGUUUUGUCAUCGAGCCCUAUACCGGUGUCAUCAAGUCUGCCAUUAUGUACCGGAACAUGCGCCGGUCCUACUUCAAGUUCCAAGUGGUCGCCACUGAUAAUUACGGCGAGGGGGGACUGAGCAGCAAUGCAGAGGUUGUGGUGUCUGUGGUGAAUCAGUUGGAUAUGCAAGUAGUGGUCUCCAACGUUGCCCCUACGGUGGUGGAACAGAACAAGGACAAGCUCCUCGGGAUCUUGGAGCGUUAUGUGCAGGACCAGAUUCCUGGAGCCAAAGUGAUGGUGGAGUCCAUUGGGCCGCAGCGGUUCGGCGACAGCUUCGAGCAGGAGGACUACUCCAAAUCGGACUUGAUGGUGUAUGCAAUUGACCCCCUGACCAACAGGGCAAUUUCACGUCAGGAGCUGUUCAAGUUCCUGGAUGGGAAGUUGCUGGACAUCAACAAGGAGUUCCAGCCGUACCUGGGCCGAGGUGGGAGAAUCCUCGAGAUCCGCACACCAGAUGUGGUGACCAGUGUGAAGAAGGCCGUGCAGACCGUUGGCUACACUGAGGGGGCCCUGCUGGCCCUUGCCAUCAUCAUCAUCCUCUGCUGCAUCCCUGCCAUCCUCAUCGUCAUAAUCACCUACAGGCAAUUCAAAGAGAGACAGGCGGAGUGUGCUAAAACUGCCCGGAUCCAAAUGGCCCUCCCUACAGGCAAAUCAGUGGCUGCCGCCACCAACAACCUAUAUGAAGAGCUUGGGGACAGCACAAUGCGCGGUUACGGACAUCAUGAGCAACAGCAGUUGCUCAGGCCCUCUCUUCUGAGACCAGAGGAGCUGUCCAUGGAAUCUGGCAUCGACCCAGGCCAGGAUUACUUUCCCCAGGAUUAUUAUAAUUAUGAACAUGGGUAUGAACUGCCUCAGUAUGGGAGUCGCAGGAAGUUAAUAACUCCACCAGGCCUUUAUGAUGAGUAUGGAGAGGUGGUCGUGGAGGAUGAUGGGAGCUACUACUACAGCCCCCAGGAGUCCGAGGGAGAGUAUGGGAGGAAAAAGCGGAUCAAGCUGGUGGUGGACAGGGAGUAUGAGACCAGUUCGACCGGAGAGGACAGCGCUCCAGAACCCCAAAGAAACCGCCUGUCCAAUCUGGCCAACCACAGCAACAUCAAUGGCAGCGUGUACGUGGCACAGAACGGCUCCGUCAUACGCACUCGUCGGGCGGUCCACUCAAACAACAUCAAGGCCAACUCCCCGUUGCGGCUAGGCAAGCACUUUAAGAAAUUGGACAAACUGUCGGUGACACAUGAGGAGAGACUGCCUCUUAACAGCCCCGUGGCGACUACGUCCUCAGCCGACAAGACCCUCAACACCCGGCCUUCCAGUGGCUCUCUGGCUUCCAGUGCCACAGGUCCGGAGAGCAUAGCAUCCAAAUCCAACAUCGCCAAGGCCAGAAGCGAAAGUACGCAGAACGCGGAGGGGCGCGAGUCAACAGUUGAGAAUGAGGAUGUGAGAGAACCUUUAGAAUCGCAGAGCGAUCGCACGCAGUCCGAUGAGGAGGAACUGUGGAUGGGGCCUUGGAACAAUCUGCACAUACCAAUGACAAAACUGUGACUUUUGUAUUUCCACUUUCCUACGGUGUGAUAAACUUUACUUUUUAUUAUUGUCCCAGAGUUACCUAAUGGCAAAAAGUUAAAAUAAAUUGCAUUUUCUUUCAGAAUCGUAUACUUUUUUCAUCAGUAAUACAAUGGUUUGCUGUAGUAUUGUCUACCAGCCAUUCACAAUGAAUUGGCCUGAUACAAAGCAAUUACAUACUCUUGCAUUCAUCCAAAAUAUUUUCCAACUAGUAUUUUAUGUUUAUACAUAUAUGGGUAUAUUAUAUAUUAUAUAUAUAUAUAUAUAUAUAUUUGCAUCAGGGCUGUAACGGUACAUAUUCGUAUUCGUGUGUAUGGUACAGGUGUCUCUACGGUUCACAAGUGAACCCAAAUGAAUAUAUUGCAUAUUUUUCAUUAAAAUUAAAAUGUUAGCUACGCUGUUUUUAAUUCUGUUCGAAUAAAUCUGAGAAAGAAAAAAAACUUAAAUUCUGUUAAAACAGAACCUGUGCGGAAAUCGUACUAAAGAAUGUUAAUUAUUGGUGCUUUCCCUGUUGUUUUGUGAGCCGUACUCUACAAUGCUGGAUGGUGGUAUUGCUAAACAAAUAUUGUAGAAUCCUGCCAGCUUUGCUAAAAUCUCCAGUUGGACUACUACAGCAAUGGACAAAGAGGUGCUGACAAAACAUUAACUGUAUCCCUGGAGCAACACGGAAACGCAAAGAAACAACACAGCUUUGUCCCCCUCAAUGAAUUCAAGCGGCCCCUAGCAUCAUUCAGCAAUGGGUGUGUGUGUAUAGCCGCAGACAUGCCCAACGCAUUCUGUGGUUGAGAGGAGGAUUUCAGCACCUUCUAGAUGCUUGAGUCACAUUACGAAUAUCAAUACAUGUUUGUGCUGUACAAACCAUGGCCCUAAAACCACAAUACAUACUGUACUAGGUGUACUGUUGCACCCUUAAAUAUAUUUAUAUAAAUAUAUAUAUAUAUAUAUAUAUAUAAUUUUGUUUUUUAUAAUUUUUUUUAUUUUGAGUAUUUUCCCAAUCUCGUCCCUUUUACAAUAUUGUUUCCAUGGAGAAGUCGAUAAAAAGGUGUCUUGAUCAGGAAUGCACUUGCUGUCUGAAGGCCUGUACCUGUGCAAUGGAGACACCCUACUCAUAAAACUCAAGACAUAAAUACAGUGUUACUAUUUUCAUUUUUCUACAAAUUGUUGUUUUGGGAGGGGGGGGGGGGGUUGAAAUACUAUCAUGUUUGCUGCAUACUGCAUAUUUGCCAUGUCUUGAAAUAUCAAUUCUGGUUGUGGUCUGGUUUUGAAUCAGUAUUUGUACUGGCUGUGUGAUGUUUAUAAGCACAUGAAAAUGCAAGGCAGUAAUAUUUGUUCUAGUGCUGCCUUCACUGAUAUAUCAAGUACACAUUCAUCUGUCUGGGUUCCAACCUCAUGAUGGAUACAGAAAUAAACAUUUCUCAUCAA